UGAACAACCACAUGCAAAUGUUUCAUUUGAUAACAUGUAAGCCUUAAUACAAGUCCUCCCAUUUCAGGAUACUACGUCAACCAUACAUAAACCUGGACCCUCCUAAACAAAAACAGCCCCUGCAACUUGUUCUCCAAUUUACGAAGUAAAACUUACCCAUAAUUUCAUUUUUAAGCAAACUUCCUUAGAAUCAACCAGUAGAAAAUCACACAAGAGAAAUAAUCUCCACCCCAUCCAAUUUAAACAAAUACACUACUCUAUCAAAUUUUUGCUUGUAUUCACAAUGGAGAUUAUUAGCCCAGUGAUAGAUAUAAUUUCUCGUGUAUGGAGAUGUUGUGCUGUCCAUGGAAAUUAUCUCUGUGAAUUAAAGCAAAAUAUGAGUUCUUUAAACACUUCACUUACAAAACUGAAGGAACGAAGAGAUGAUGUGAAGGAAAAGGUUGAUAUAGCAGAAGAAAACCCAACAGAACCUAUGAAACGUACCCAUGAAGUUAGUGGUUGGCUCCAACGUGUAGAAGAAUUGGAACAAGAAGUUGAAAGAAUCUUACAAAAACAAGAAGCUGCCAGUAAUGAAGGAGGCAGCUAUUUUUGUUGGCGGGGUCGAAAAAAUUGCUGCGGUGGUUACAAACUUGGGAAAUCAGUAGCAAAAACAAGGAAUUCCGUAGAAAAAUUGUGGGAGGAAGGAAACUUAAAGGAUGUUGUUGAAAAAUCUCAACUGGAUCAUGUCCGAGAGAUAACUACACACCUAACAAUCGGAAUGGAGUCAAAGCUUGACGAAGUAUGGAGUUCGUUGGCUGAUGAGACAAGUCUUGUGAGAAUUCUUGGCUUAUAUGGAAUGGGUGGAGUUGGAAAGACAACUCUUCUGAAGAAACUUAAUAACGAGUUUCUCAAAAGAAACCAUCAGUUUGAUACAGUCAUUUGGGCUCUGGUUUCUAAGGAUCUAGAUAUUAAAAAUGUUCAAAAACAGAUCGGCAAGUCGCUUGGUUUAGCAUGGGAAAAUGAUACAAGUAUAGAUGAUCGAGCCAAAGAUAUAACCCAAGUGUUAAAGAACAAGAAUUUUGUGUUGUUGUUGGAUGACAUUUGGGAAAGAGUUGAUUUAGCAACAAUUGGCAUUCCUAAUCUAAGAAAUGAAAUAAUCAAUAUUUCUAGAGUUGUUUUUACAACGAGAUCUGAGCGUGUGUGUGGUUUUAUGCAAGCAGAUGAAAUCAUUAAAGUAGAUUGUUUAGAUUGGGAUGAUUCUUGGCGUCUUUUUCAACAAAAUGUCGGACCAAGAGCGCUAAGUUGCCAUCCAAGCGUACCUGAGCUUGCUAAAGAAGUUGCGGAAGAAUGCCUUGGUCUUCCUCUUGCACUGAUCACUAUUGGUCGAGCCAUGGCUAGUAAAACGACUCUCCAAGAGUGGCAACACGCUCUCACAGUUCUAAAGAAAUUUGCAUCAGAAUUUUCAGAUGUUGCUGAUGAAGUGUUAGCUAUUUUGAAGUUUAGCUAUGAUAACUUACAAAAUAAAAAGUUGAAGUCAUGUUUCUUAUACUGUUCCUUAUACCCUGAAGACUAUUCGAUUCAUAGAGAACAACUAAUUAAUCUUUGGAUAGGAGAAGAAUUCUUAGAUGAAAUUGAUAAUAUAGAUGAAGCUUAUUAUGAAGGUCAUGAUAUUAUUGGAAGUCUUAAAAGUGCGUGCUUGUUAGAAAGUGGUGAAGAGGGAGAUGAGGUGAAAAUGCAUGAUGUAGUCCGUGACUUGGCGAUUUGGAUAGCCUCGGAUCUUGGUAGAAAAAAAGGCAAGUACUUAACAAUACUUCAACCACCAAACAACCUGAAGCUCCGUGAAUGGGAGAAGGCAGAGAAGAUCUGUCUAGCAGGCAAUAAAUCAAUUAAAGAACUCAACGAAGAACCAAAUUGCUCGAAUCUCUCAACUCUGUUGCUCCACCACAGCAAGGUGAAGACUAUAUCCGAUGACUUUUUCCGGUCUAUGCCAAUUCUUAAAGUUUUAGAUAUGUCCGUUUUGAAAAUCAAGAAACUCCCAAAAAGUAUUUUUGCACUGGCGGAAUUACAAUACUUUGAUUUAUCAUUUAGAAUCCAAAAAGGCUCUGAUCCAAUUGAGCUAAGUCCAGGGAGUUUUAUUUGUCUUAAAAAAUUAAGGAUGUUGAACUUAUAUGAUUCAGAUAUUUGUAACUGGGAAGUAGAAGAUGGACCAAGUCUGAGCGAGUUGGAAAGCUUAAAUGAUUUGAAUUAUCUAGGAAUCUCACUUGAGACGGGUUUUGCUUUUCAAAAAUUAGUAAGUAGUGACAAGUUGCAAUUGUGCACAAAACUGUUAUAUUUUUCGAAAUGUCAGGAUAUCACAACCCUUGUUUUAUCACCACCACCGUCUUUUCCAUCAUCAUUAGUUAGUUUGGCAAACAUGGUUGGCUUAAAAUCACUUUUUCUCACAGGCUUGAAUGGGUUAGAAGAGUUGAGAAUGGAAGAUAAGGUUACUUUGUUCACGAAUUUGGAGAAACUUGAAAUUUGGCACAUGCCAAAAUUACAGAUUGUGUGGGAUGUGCCUCAACGGUCGACGUUCUGUUUUGUGAACAUUAAAGAUGUAACAAUAGGUGAAUGUCCUAAACUGAAGGAUGUUACAUGGCUGAUAUAUGCUCAGAAUCUAGAGAAACUUUCUUUACACUCGUUGCAUGGAUUAGAAGAAGUAAUUUCGGAUGGGUUUGCAGCCGAAGAAAUGUUAACAAAUACAUUUUCAAGACUCAAACUUUUAAUUUUGUGGUAUCAACCAAAACUAAGAAGGAUAUGUAGCCACAAUGUUAAAUUCUUUUCUUUGGAGCGUAUUAUUGUGAGGGAUUGUCGAGAACUAAAGAAGCUACCGUUUAACUUCAAUAGUGUUAUUGCUAACACUUUACAAUCGAUCGAAGGUGAAAAGGAAUGGUGGAAGGGCCUGGAAUGGGAGGACGAAACCACUGAAUCCAAUCUUGCACCUUACUGUUUAAAAUAUUGAUACUAAAUGUAAGCUUUAAAAGAAAAACAAAAUUUUGUAUUUUUGUUUUGUGAUAAACGGAAUUACAGAGUUGAGGAAAUGUAACACUUUAGAGACUGAAAGUGAUCGACAUAAUCCUUUGCCACAAGUGAAUGAAGAAGGCACAUGCUGAUACAGUAUGGUUUUGUA